AUGAUAUCGAGGUCGAACAUCUUGUAUACUUUAUUAUGUUUGAUGCGCCUGGGUUGUUCUCUGUUGCCCGGCUAUGUACAUCCAGACGAAUUUUUUCAGUCACCUGAAAUAAUGGCUGGUGACGUUCUAGGAUAUGAGGUUUAUCGACCGUGGGAGUUUAACGAACAUCUACCUUCACGCUCUAUAUUUAUACCGUUAGUACUUCUUUUACCUUUCGAUUUGAUUGUUCAUAAAUGGUCUAUUAAUUCUUUCGGGGAGGAUGAUUAUGCUGCGUAUAAUAUUGCAUAUCUCUACCAGAAAAAUGGAAUCACCACAAGUGAUCCAACUCAAGCAUUAUUUCUCGUCGCGUUUUCCCAUGUAUUGUUAAUAUUUCAUACACGGCCGUUUUCAAAUGCAGUCGAAUCUAUUAUUCUUGCAUUGUGUUUUUACAUUUAUUUACGUGGAACACUGUCAAAGGAUUUUGCUGCAAAGAAAAAAGAUACGGAAAUUCAGAAUACAAAUUUUCCUACCAACAUGGCAUUUAUCUUGGGAUGUCUCGGCGCGCUCGGUUUGUUCACCCGAAUUACUUUUAUAUUGUUUGCAUUUCCUAUUGGACUUGCGUUUCUUUAUCGUACUUUUAUGGCGCCUGAGGCUCGCUUGAACACUUGGAAUGAAAAAUUUAACCGAUUGAUCCCAGUUGGUAUUGGCUUUGUUGUAGCGAGUGGAUUAUGCGUGUUAACGGAUUUAAUUUAUUUCGGCUCAAUAAAAGUAACUGUUGUUAAAAAAGAAUGGUUCAGCUUUGAUUUUUUGGUUAGAAUUCUGCAAAACCCUUUAGACUUCCUGGAAAUUGUUAGCUUGAGCGGUAACGUCAUCUUAACACCAAUCAACAAUGUCUUAUAUAAUCUCGAUGCGAACAAUUUAGCAGAACAUGGACUUCACCCGCGAUACGUGCACGUCAUCAAUUAUUUUAUGCUUUUUGGACCACUGGGGAUUUACAAUAUUAUCGAUUUUUACACAUCUCUAAAGAAUUUUCGUCAAGUCUCUCUGAUGAAAUCUGCCACUGUUUUGACUUUUAGUGGUAUCUGUGGUUUUAUCUUGUUAUCGAUUAUGCCACAUCAAGAAGCAAGAUUCCUGUUGCCUUUAUUAUUGCCUGUAGUGAUAAGCGCAUCGUUGCAUCGGAAAUUCUCCUCUAGAUUUUGGGUGUUUUAUGUUCUCUUCAACCUAAUAACCGCGUUAUUUUUCGGUGGUUUGCAUCAGGCUGGUAUAAUCCCUGUACUGGGAAAAUUGCAACAUCAAUCAAUGGGAUUUCAUAAUUGUGUAAAAGAUUAUCAUAAGCAUGUUGUGUGUGAAGUCACAAAUGAAUUCGAGCCAAGUUUCAACUCGACCGAAAUCUUUCACACAAAUGUAAUCUUUUAUAAGACGUUUAUGCCGCCACGACAUUUACUAGGGUACCCGAAAGCUUGGCGAGAGAGCAAUAUACAAAUUACGAUCCAUGACCUUGCCGGUGUCGCAUUAGAACAACUCGAACAAGAACUUGAAACGAAAGUUGCCGUGAAUGCCGAUAUACUAGAUCAAUAUGCCGAUAGCCAAAAGAUUGUUUUCCAAGAACGAGAGGAUAUUCUCGGACACUAUGAGCGCACUUUAAUAGUUACGCCAUCAACUACAAUACUCUCAACAAGCCAUUCGCUAAAAUACAUGGACAGGCAAUGGCCUCAUCUCAACACUGACCAAAUAGAUCGUGUGCUCGAAAAUGGACUCUAUUUGAAUAUUUACCAGCUUGUGGAUUCUUAA